CGUUCAGCUCCGCCAGCCAUCAACCUAAUAUUCCUACAUAACAAAUAUCAAUUUUUUUUGUCUAAAUUGAAAAGUUGAGAGCUUUGAGCGAAUACCAAUAAGAUAAAAUGGGACGCAAUCUGAAUAUACAAAUCGAUUUGAAGGAGCUACUGGCAAAGUCCAUGGCCGAUGGUCCAAGCGGCAGUCACCAUGGCCAGUGGCGAGUGCCGUGCGGCAAAGUGAGAUAUGCCGUGCAUUAUACCAUGAAGAAUGGUCUACUCACAAUUCUAAACAUAAGGAGGAGGAGGUGCACUCCCAGUCGGUUGAGUCGCAUUGCAAAGCGUCUCCGGCGGUUGAUGCAGGCGAAGAAAACACCACAAGUGACCUUUAAGAAUAGAGGCACCCAAACGCUUAAAUCUAGGAAAUUCCAGAAGACCAAAAGCAGCCAAACCCUUGAUCCAGCGAUGAUCCAGAAGACCAAAGGCAGUCAGACUAUUGAUCCGGUGAUGAUUCGGGAAACCAAAGGGAGCCAAACGAUUGAUCCAACUAUGAUCCAGAAGACCAACGGCAGCCAAACUGAUCCGACAACCAUUCAGGAGACGAAAGGCAGCCAAACCCCCUGUUCCUCGAUGAACCAAGGGACUAAGGCCAGUCAAGCACCAGAGUCUCAAACGAUUCUAGAAACCACAGGCAGCCAAACAUCUGAUACGAUCAUGAUCCAAGACAACAAAGCCAGCCAAUUCCCAGAGUCGCCAAGGAUCCAGAUGGCCAAAGCCAGCCAAACCUCUCAACUGGCAACGAGCCAGGUGCCCAAAUGCAGCCAAACGCGUCAAUUGGAGCAAAGAACAGUGGAGGUGGACACGAUUGACCUCAUUCUGAUGUACUCCAGCUAUCAGCAGACAUUAAACAUCGAACAAAAGUCCAUCGGUAGCCAGGGACAGGCUCCGAAUUGCAAUACCAUAUCCACGCAAUGGAUUCCUAAUACAGGAGACAAUGGCAAUCAAACUAGCCCGGAUAUCUGCUGUGUGGGCAUCCAGACAGUGCGGGGAAAUAACUGCGUGGCCGUGCAAACCACGACUAAUAACCGAUCCUUGCACACCCAGACCACGACCACAUACGUUGAGGCAGAGGUACAGAAGCCGCUCUUGGAUGCCUUGAACGUAAUCCACCAAGACUUUCAAAACCUAACUGGCCUCAUCGAAAACGAGAUGAUGCACACAGUCAAUCAGCUGGUGGAGCUCAGUCUAAUGGAGGUGAAGGAGCUACGAUUAGAAGCCGAUCGGCACAAAGAGGGCUUAAUAGAGCCACCGACCACACCCACGCCGUCGUGCGAACAGAUCGGGGAUACACUUCCAGUUGCAGAGUUGUUGUGCGAACAGAUCGGGGAUACACUUCCAGUGGUGGAGGCUCCUUCGGAAAAGGCGGACAAGGCUAAGGCCAAAUGCCAGUUGAGAAGUCUCCACUCUGCUCUUAGGACUGCCUCUGAGUCUGCAAGGAAGCGUCGUUUUGGUCUCACCUAUACCAAAAGGCUUGUCAAAGCGCCACACUGCAGUCUACCACGGCUCUGGAUGCCCAUCGACUGCCAGGAGUACAGCACGCAGACCGAUGACUUGGAUGAGCUCGAGAUGAAGGUCUUGUUCACCGGCACAGACGCAUUCACCCAGACCGAGAAGAAGCGGCGGGGCUGGAUGAAGUUGGUAUAAAACUAAAAAGGAAGGAAGCCACGGACACUGCCGGACCCUACUCCUCCUCACAGACAGACAGACAGACAGACAUACAGACAUACAGACACCAGACUUACCCGAGCAACC